AUGUGUUUGGAGAAGAAGACAUUUGAAUUAUCUACUCUAUGUGGUGUUGAAGCUUGCAUAGUUGUUUAUGAUCCCACACAUGAUGAUGAUGAUCAGCAACCCUACAUUUGGUCUAAAGAUUCUGAUACUCUUAAUUUGUCUCACUUCUUUAAAGAAGACCCCAACAAGAAGAAAGAGCAGGCUGAUCAUCAUCGUCAAGAUAGUACUUCUUUAGCAUUUGUAAAAGUUGAGGACAAGAAAUGUGAUGAUGACGAGACCACCAAGUACCCUAUUUGGGAUGAUCAAUAUAACAACAUGUCCGAGGAACAAUUGAAAGAUUUAAGUAUCAAAUUGAAAAAAAAGUUUGAAGCCACCAAAACUAAGGUUCAAUUCUUGAAGGAUAGCUUUCUUGCUAGACAAGAAAACAAUUCUAAUUAUUUUAUGCCAUCAAUGAAGCCUAUUAUUGAUCAUGAGCAACGACCAAUUUUUUUCUUCAACCAGAGUGAUCAUCUUGACAUGGCAUCUUGA